GCUCUGAGUCUUUGACUCUGUGUGGAUUGAGUCCAAGAGACGCACGUGUUGCUUUGGCUCUAACUUCGCACUGUCUUCGAGGUGAGUUGCUGUUAGUGUGAUGGAACCCUGAGGAAUACUGCAGGGAGAAGACAGACUGGGCUCAUGGAGGGGAGGUCGGCAUCGGUGUGGAUCUGUCUGCUGGGGGCUGGACUCGCCCUGGCCUUGUCUGUUAUGACCUCCAAGGCCCUUCCUCGACCUCCGCGGCUGCUUGGCUGCGUGUUCCUGAAUCGAGCUAACGUCACCUGCCGCUGGGAGGCCGGAGGCGCCUCAGCAACGCGCUACACCCUCCAAAUUCAGAGGAUACCUGGAGCUGUGGCCUUGACGACAAACACCCCCCUGAAGACGUUCACCUGCACCACGUCUGACACCAGCUGCACGGCCGAUCUCGCCAGAUCGUCCGUGAGGUUCACCUUUUGUGUCACCAUAACGGCUCACGGCCUCAGUAGCAACACAUCGUCCGAUCGUCGCUGUCAGCCCGGGAGGAUUGAGAUGAUGCUGCCUCCAGCGACUUUGAACAGUGUGAAGCCAGUGAAUGGGACUCCUCAGUGUCUGCACGUGAUCUGGAGUCGCACCCUGUCUGAGUUUUCUGUGUCUGACACUGAAAUCAAGAACGGAAGUCUGAAUUCCCAAAUUGAGGUCACAGAAGAAGGGCAGCUGGAUAGCCAGGUCACAAAUGUGACAGUGAAAGACUACAGCUUCCCAGUUUGUCUCCUCAGACCCGGCACUUUGUAUGCCGUCAGACUCUGUCACCGUUACCGGGGCCCCGAGAGUCCCUGGAGCCCGUGGAGCAACGCACAGCAGGGGAGGACAGCAGAGGACGUUCCAUCUGCAGCUCCAGCAUUCUGGAGGCAAGUGACACAAACAGACAGGAACGGGUGGAGACUCACCUCGCUGCUUUGGAAGGCCCUGCCUCACGUUCUGGCCAAUGGCAGACUUCUCUUCUAUAAUCUGACUUGUCAGACAGAAAGUUCAGCAAUUCUGAACGAUCAAGGCACCUGCAGAGAUUUGCACCCAACACGUACGUCCUGUACUUUCCUCCUUCCUGCUGAACGCUGCUCCUGUGCCCUGUCGGCCUCCAACUCUGCUGGGACUUCGCCACAGGCCCAGAUAUGGCUCCUUGGAGCCUCUGAGACAGAGCCACCGUCCCCGAGACAACUCACUGCCCGUCCACUGGAUGACAACAGUGUCAACGUUAGCUGGACGGCUCCAGCCAAUCGAUCAGUGAGCGGAUAUGUCUUGGAGUAUUUCGCUGUCCGAGAGAAAGACGGCAGCGUCCUACACUGGGAAAGACUUAAUAGUUCUCAGACAACAUUUGUCAUAACAGAGGGAGUGAAGCCGAUGGAGCGUUAUGCUGUUUCUGUCAAAGCGCUGUACAGUGAGCGAUGGGCAGGGAAGAACAGGACCCUUCACAUUUAUACACGCCAGGCAGUGCCAUCAGCUGGUCCUGUUGUGGAGGUGCAGCAGAUUACUGGGGGCAGACUGGAGCUCAGCUGGAGUCCUGUGCCUGUGGAGCUGCUUCGAGGAUUCAUCCGCAACUACACACUCCACUACACCGCUGCAAAGCAACCACACAGGAGUGUGUUUGUUCGUGGUAACGUUCAGCACUACACCCUGGAGGGCCUGUCGCCUGGAAACUAUGACAUCUUUAUGCAGGCCAUCACUGACGCCGGCACUGGAGCAGCUGGGCCCAUUGCUAAUGUGCACAUAGGCUCUGAAGAAAUCUCAAAGAUGAUGUAUGUCGUCCUUUCUCUCAUGGUGACCGGCUCACUCGCACUGGCACUGAUGGCGUGUCUGGCACAGAAAAAGAUAAAAAGGAAGCUGUGUCAAUUCGUUCCUGAUCCUUCCAACAGCAGCCUGGUUCACUGGAUCCCAAAGACCACCUCACAGAGUAUGAAGCAGCCUUGGGAACCAGAGAGGCCUCAAAUCGCAAACUCUGAGGUUAUUUUGUUCUGUGAAAAUGAGCCUCUCAACUACGACCUGGAUCAGAUCACAGAGAAUUUCAUCAUCUGUAAUCAAACAUAUUCCUCUCUUCUGGACUCGUCUGGGUUUCGUGUUCCUCAAAGUGUCCAGAUGUCCAAGAAGUUGUUCAGCAGGGGCCCACUCAGAAAACCCUUCACCACUGAUCUCUCCCCCAGCCCCAUCCUCUACUCCAGCGUGAUCUUCUCUCACACUCUCAAAAAUCCUGCUGCACCUCUUCUGUCCCCUUCUCCUCACCAGUCCUGUGAUUGCCGACAUGUCAGUGAUGUGACGCUGCUGCUCGGUGGAGGCAGCGCAGCUUCACCAAAGCACCAAAGCUCCACUCCCUUCUCUGUUGUCCACAGUGUGUCUCCAUCCACGGCCGUACAUCCUCAACCUGCUGACGUCCAUUCACCCAAACACAUCUUUCCUCAAAGCCUCUGCAGCUCGGGCCUGUCGCUCCAGCCUGACACCUUCAUCCACCCACACCUUUCAUCUCUUCUUCCUCCGCUUUUUGUGGAUUUGUCCUACUGUCCUGCUGAGUGUGAUAAUCACACAUCCCCUGCUGUUUGUUAAUCAAAAAUAGAUUUAGUGUUUCCCAUUAUAUUUAUGUUUUUAUUUUUUCUAGCAGAUCUGAUCGUAUGUAUAUAUGUAUGUGUCUAAUUUAUAUAAAUUAUGUUAUGUGUAAUUGAGAUGUUAUAUUUCUGAAAGUCUUUUGUGAGUAAUGUGAUUAUUGUGUGUUGCGUAAUUGAACAUAUUUGUUCUGCUAUGUAUUUACAGUUUGGAUGGGAACGUUUUGGCUUCUUUUGAGUUCUCUCAGUUGGUCCGCGUUUCUUUAAUAUUUCACAAGAGCGAGAGCUAAAAUGCUGCCAACUGCAAUUCACUCAUUCCACUUUCGUUGUAGUGCUACAAACUGUGAUACUUCAGAGCUAAACCUCUUUUCAGUAUAUAUUAUUUAUACGUUUGAGCAUGAGAAUGUGUCCGUCAAUGUACAAGCAGCUGUUCCAACAUUAAAAAAGAACAUAUGCUGUGUGA